AUGCUUUUUUUAAUUAUUUUCACAUUAUUAAUUAAUACCUUUGCUAUAAUUACUCUGACAAUAGAUAAACAAUAUUAAGAGAGUAAAACAAUAUAAAAAUUGAUCCAAUCUUAAUACUAAGUCAUUUAGAAUAUUCAAAAUGCAACAUUCUAUUUUUAACCUUUCUAAACAGAUUAAGAUAAAUAUAUUACAGUUGAGUAUGAAGUAUAGUUUUUAUGAAUAGAUUAAUUUUUGGGUAUCCUUAAGAUGGAAAUGUUAAUUUAGAGUUUUCAAUAACAAAAAAUAAGGAAAAUAAUACUAGUUCUCAGAACAAUGUAUUUUAUGAUAUGAAUGGAAAAUAUUUGUAUAAGUCUUAUUAAAUGAUUCGAAUAAACCCAUAUACUUUUAAUAACAAUGAUAAAUUCUACAUUGAUGUUAAUAUACUUGAUAGCAGCUUUACAGAUUAUUAAUAUUUAAUUAAAAUAACUAAAAAUUAGAAAAGGUUAUGCCCAAAUUAAUGUGGAAAUUAAUAAUCAGGAUUGUGCAAUACAGAAAUUGGAGUUUGUUCUUGCAAUUCUAAAUUUAUUGAUCUAGAUUGUUCAAAAGUAGCUUAAAGUUUAUCUUUGAAAUAACCUCUUUAGAAUAUAGUGAUAAAAAAAUAGGAAUACUUUUAUUUUGAAAGAGAAUAAUAAAUAUCUAAUAUAACCUUAGAAUUGGGUUUAAUGAGUUCCCAAUAUAAAGUUUCAGAUGUUGAAGUAUAUAUAAUGUAUGAAAACUUUGAAUUAGGAUUACCAAAUCAUAAUUUUUAUGAUUAUUAUAUUUCUUUAUCAAAUUAAUCUUCUUAUUCCUAAGUAUUAGAUUUACAAUCAUUAAUUUUUGAUUCAGAUAUUGAUAGAUUUUAAAGAUUAUUGAUUACAAUUAAUUCAAAAUAACCAGCAAUUAUAUAUCUUUCAAUCAAAAUUUCAAUUUCUGAAGGAUCUUUUGACAUAGAUUCAAGUUUGGUAAUUGUAUAUGUUCUUGUUUCAAUAGCAAUUAUAUUAUUAUUAGGUUGGAUUUUAAUUUUAAUAGUAAGAUAUAAAAGAAGUUCAAGAGUUCAUGAUGAAUCUAAUCCUAUUUAAAAUCCUCAAAAUAAUACUAAUAAUAAUAAUAGAAGAAAUUAAGGUUCUUUAGAUAAGAAAAUUAUAGAUGAAUAUAUGCCAAAAUUAUAAUAUUUUUAGAUUUUAGAAUUUCCAUAAUUUUUAGAAUUAGAAGUUUAGGAAACAUGUUCUGUAUGUUUAUUAGAAUAUUAAAAAUAUGCUUAUUGUAGAUUUACUCCAUGUAAUCAUAUUUUUCAUUCAGAUUGUUUAGAAUAAUGGAUUAUAAAACAUGAGAACUGUCCUUUAUGUAGAUGUGCUUUAGAUUUAAAGACAUUAUAAGAAUUAUUAAUUUAAAAUGCUAAUAUUACUUUUAAUUCAUCUUAAUAAAAAAAUUUAUAAAAAAAAUAAAGUACUGGAGUUUAAAGUCAAUUAUUUUCUAAUGCUCAAACUGAAUUAAGAAUGAUUGCUCCUAAUUAAAUGAUUAGUCAAUGA